AUGACUGGUGUCCUGAAUAACGUGUCUCAUGUUGGAAACGGAACUCCUAAUGCUUCUGUCAAAGCAGAAGCAGAAGACGACAUCCCUUUGUCUGAAAAGUUAAAGCGCAGUAGAGUGCAGUUGUCCUCUAGCGACGAUGAUGAUGAUAUUCCUCUGUCUGCCAAAUUAGCCCAGAUGUCUAAAAAGCCCAAACUGGAACCUCCAGUUUCUCCUCAGCACCGUAAUAAAAGUCACAAUGACCAACGAAAAGAACACUCGAAGUCAACAAAUGAAAAGGUUAAGAAAGAAAAUACACUUAGUUCUCCUAACAAAGGCCGGAAGCAUGAAAAACCGGAAGAGGAAGUGUGGAGGUGGUGGGAAGAGCAAAAGAAAGAUGAUGGUAUCAAGUGGAGGUUCUUAGAACACAAAGGUCCACUUUUCGCUCCUCCUUAUGAACGCUUGCCAACCUCUGUUCGUUUUCACUAUGAUUCCAAACCUAUCAAACUAUCGGAUCAUGCAGAAGAAGUUGCAGGGUUUUACGCACGUAUGUUGGAUCAUGAUUAUACUACAAAAGAAGUGUUUAACCAUAACUUCUUCCGCGACUGGGUCAAAACAAUGAAUGAAGAAGAACGUCGAACCAUUAAAUCUCUCAGUAAAUGCGACUUCCGUGAAAUGCAUCAAUAUUUUUUAAAGUUGAGUGAAGAAAGAAAAAAUCGUACCAAGGAGGAAAAACAGAAGAUAAAGGAAGAAAACUUACAAAUUCAGAAUGAAUAUGGCUACUGUAUAUUAGACGGACAUAAGCAAAGAAUAGGAAAUUUUCGUAUCGAACCACCAGGUCUAUUUCGAGGCCGCGGAAACCACCCUAAAAUGGGAAUGUUAAAAAAGCGCAUUAUGCCAGAAGACGUCAUCAUCAACUGCUCAAAGGACUCCAAAGUUCCUGCUCCUCCAAAAGGUCACAAGUGGAAGGAAGUGAGACAUGACAACAGUGUUACUUGGCUAGCAUGUUGGACUGAAAACAUUCAAAACAAUUUCAAAUAUAUAAUGCUGAAUCCAUCCUCUCGUCUUAAGGGUGAAAAAGAUUGGAAAAAAUAUGAAACUGCUCGUUGCCUACACAAAGUAAUCGACAAAAUUAGAGCAGACUACCGAGCUGAUUUCAAACACAAAGAAAUGAGGAUACGCCAGCGAGCUGUUGCGCUGUAUUUUAUCGAUAAGUUGGCUCUUCGUGCUGGCAAUGAGAAGGACGAGGAUGAAGCUGAUACUGUUGGCUGCUGUUCACUUCGUUACGAACACAUCAAACUUCAUGAAGAGUUGAAUGGACAACCUUAUGUUGUUGAAUUCGACUUUUUAGGUAAAGAUUCUAUCCGCUACCAAAAUGCUGUUUCUGUCCCUAAACGCGUAUUCAAAAAUGUCAAACUAUUUCUGAAGAACAAAAAAGAAAAUGACGAUUUAUUCGAUCGACUUAACACGACUGUUCUAAACCAGUAUUUACGAGAACUUAUGGAUGGUUUAACUGCCAAAGUAUUUCGUACGUACAAUGCAAGUCGAACUCUGGAAGAACAGUUGGAACGGCUUACUAAUCCUGAUGACCCUCCUCAUGCUAAGCUCUUGGCCUAUAAUCGGGCGAAUCGAGCAGUUGCUGUUCUCUGUAACCAUCAGCGUUCAGUUCCGAAAUCUUUUGCAAAAUCAAUGGAGAACUUACAGAAAAAGAUCGAUGCAAAACGUGAGCAAAUUUCGGAAAUAACUACUGAAGCUAAACAAAUAAAGGCAGAUUACAAAAAUCACAAACAAGCAUCUAAGAAGGUCGCUUAUGAAAAGUUGAAGAAACGCCUAGCAUCUGCUAAAGAAGCCUUAUCAAAAUUGCAGCUUCAAGCAACUGAUCGAGAUGAAAAUAAAGAGAUCGCUCUCAGUACAAGUAAACUGAACUACCUCGACCCCCGAAUUUCAGUUGCUUGGUGUAAAAAGUAUAACGUUCCUAUUGAGAAAAUUUUUAACAGAACUCAAAGGGAAAAAUUCCAAUGGGCAAUUGAUAUGGCCACAUGUGACUACAAGUUUUUAGAUGUUGAUUCAGACAGAAGUACAAAUAAACUAAAAGCGGAGGAAACUGAUGAUGAAGAUAUGAUCGAUGAUGAAGACUGA